AUGUACCUCUUCAUCACCCAACUAUCAUUGUUUGAUAUAAUUCUCUCUACAGAUAUUCUUCCCAACCUUCUUUAUAUCAUCUUACAUGAUGGAUGCACCAUGUCUCUUGCUGGAUGUAUCAUCCAGUUUUCGUUCUUUGCCCAUGCUGAGGCCUCAGAGUGUUUUCUACUGACUGUGAUGUCCUAUGACCGGUAUUUGGCCAUCUGUAAGCCUCUGCAUUACAACUCUAUAAUGAACCAAUCAAAUUGCAUUAAAUCUGUGAUUACCAUUUGGUUACUAGGAUUUACAAUGGCAUUGGUUGAUUUCAUAUCUUUGUGCAGUUUAUACUACUGUGGACCAAACAUCAUUCAUCACUUCUUCUGUGACUAUGAACCCAUACUUGAGCUUUCCUGCUCCGAUACUUCAUGGAUCCGUAAUCAGGCCUAUGUCGUAGCAUUCAUCUGUGCUGUAGCACCUUUUAUAUUAAUUGUUAUAUCGUAUAUCUCUAUUGUUUUAACCAUCCUCAAAAUUAAAUCAAUUACAGGAAGAAAGAAAGCCUUCACCACCUGCAGCUCUCACUUGACCGUAGUGUGCAUUUUUUACGGGACGCUGAUCGCUGUGUAUUUGAUUCCAACAAAAGGACAACUAGAUAUUCUAAACAAGAUCCUCUCCCUCUUUUACACUGUAAUGACUCCAUUGCUGAAUCCAAUCAUAUACACAUUCAGGAAUAAGGACUUUAAAAAAGCUUUUGAAAAAAUAAAAUCAUAAUUUAUUUUAAAUUAAAAAUGCAAAUGUGAUAGAAAAGUUAAUAUUGAGCAGAUCUACAUCACUUUAGACAAGUUCUCGAAAUUCACUGCCACAUGGGAACCAUGGACGGCCUUCAAAAGCUCUUGACUAUUCAAGGAGCUUACACGUGGCACAACGUGACCUACCAGAGGACUAUUUAAUCAUUGACUCAGAAAGUCAUCCCUGUGUUACACUGUUGGUGACAUUUAUUACUGAUUUGACUUCUAGACAAUGGAGA